AUAUUUCCAACAUGUCUGCGCCCAUCGAACAAGACCCCUAAGAGAAAAAAAAGAUUAUCUCGUUUAACUCCACACUAGCAUUUUGAUUUUUCACGUCACUCAAGACUUAUUUCAUUAUUUUGAACAAAUAUGGCAGAAGUAUCACAGCAUGAAAAUAAAAUGCUGAAUCUUCAGUUACAAAUGAAACAGAAUAAUGAGGAUUUGAAGAACUUUCUGAGCGAUCUAGACAACUGGGAAGAGGAAAUGAAACAAAUUGAUUCAAAAAUGAAAGAGAAAAAGCAAACAGAGAAAACGGAAUUACCACCAGUGAGAAACAGCUUGGAAAAGAAGAAACUGAAGAAGAAAGUGAAGAAAAGAAAAGAUGGUACUGAUGCUAAACCUAAAAGAAUAAGCAGCUAUGAUUAUAGAUCAUGGGACAAGUUUGAUGUGGACAAAGCAUGUGAGAGUGACAAAUCUUCAUCAGAUGCCGAGUAUGAGACAGAUGAGGAAUGGGAGAGUGAGAGGAAAAAACAGGCAGCAGUUCUUGAGAAAGAUAAGGGAAAUGAGUAUUUCAAGAAAGGGGACUAUGCCAGUGCCAUUGAGUGUUACACAAAGGGAGCUGACUUGGACCCUACAAACCCACUGUUACCAGCCAACAGGGCUAUGGCACUUCUUAAACAAGACAAGUUUGGAGCGGCAGAACUUGAUUGUUCUGUGGCCUUGAGUUUAGAUCCACUGUAUACAAAGGCCUAUUUAAGACGAGCAUCAGCAAGACUGGGGAUGAAGAAGUUUAUGGAAGCAAAAGCAGACUUUGAGAAAGUUUUACAGCUUGAACCACAGAACAAAAAAGCUAAAUCCGACCUUGAACUGAUUGAAAAGGAGUUAGCCAAGGAAAAGCUUGUGUCCCAUUCUGACACAGCUGUCAAUCCAGCUGCUGGUAUAGUUAAAGCAAUCUCAAAACCUGCAAGUGAGAGAUCCAAGAAACCUCUGAGGAGAAUAAACAUUGAAGAAGUUGGAGUUGAAGAGAUUGAUAUACGAUCAGCUGUGGCAAGAGUGGAGGCCACACAGAGCCAGACCAAGAGAGAUAUAGUAGAGAAAGAGGAAGACAGAUUCCAACAGUUUACUGUAAAUUCCCCUGCAGACAUAGCUGCUCUUAGUGUUAGAAAUACAGGAAAGAAUAAUGAUUUACCAAAUGGUGUUAAUGCUGAAACUGAUCAAGUUAAUGAUACAACAACCAGUGUAUGUGAUAAAACAAAUAACAACAAACAGACAGCUGUGCCAAAUUCAAAAGAGAAAAAUGUGUCAGUUAACAAGAUCAACAAGUCCAAAAAUGGUGCAGGUGACAAUAAAAAAUCGAGUGUAGCUGAUACUUAUGCUUCUGAGACAGGGAGUCGGGUUUCACCACGAGAUAAUCCAGUUCCUGUGAAUUCAGUCCAGUUUCAAGCAGAUUACCGGAGGCUGAAAGUUGAUAAACAUGCAUUUUAUCAGUAUUUCAAGAAAAUUGCUCCUAGUGACUACUCAAAGCUGUUUGGGCAAUUUCUUGAUGCAGAUGUUCUACAGACAAUCCUACUUGUUAUUAAAGACUGCUACAUUCCUAAUGGAGAUGAUUGUUUGGAGUGCCUUCAGAAUCUUGCUUCAGUGAGAAGGUUCUCUAUGGUAGUUAUGUUCAUGUCCAAAAAGGAUAAACAAGUUUUAACAGACAUCUUCACACAUCUGAGAGACGGUGGACGCCAUGCGGAGGCUGACAUUAGUUCUCUUGCUAUGAAAUAUGACAUGAGAUAACCUCUGUGCAUGAUAAUCUCGUUUUUGACAAACUUAAGUAUUGAUGCUUUGUGUUGAAUUAAAGUUUUGAACAUUCAAAUAA